AUGAAUGAUUCUAACAGGAGCAGCACCAUAUCUCUUCACAUGAUUGAAGAUGAUACAAUGAUUGGCAAGGAUAUUUCGGAGACAAAUAUAUAA